AUGAGUCGUCGCGCGGUUAUGCAGAUGUCGAGGCUGCUCGUCGGUCAGAGUCGACAACAACUAUUUUCCACCGCUAUCUUCAACACGGCCUCAAAUGCUACUACGAAUGGCACUUUUCGAAACUCCAUUCCCAAGUUCGCUAGCAACGAGUUUCUUGGAGUUAGGUGUUGGAGCUCGACGGGUCCUAAGGUAGCUACCCACGAAGAACUAACCCAAGAACCAAAGGCGAACUCCGGCGAAGAAAACACCGAUCGUCAAGGCGGCAGUCGGGCCGUCGUGAGCAGCUAUUGGGGGGUGGCGCCGCCCAAUAUAGCCGGUGAAGAUGGCUCUCCGUGGCGGUGGAAUUGUUUUCGGCCAUGGGAGACAUACAAAGCGGACACCUCAAUUGAUGUCAAGAAGCACCAUGAGGCCAACACAAUCAUGGACAAGUUUGCCUUUUGGACUGUCCAAACUCUCAAAUACCCCACAUACUUGUUCUUUCAGAGACGGCACGUGUGCCAUGCGAUGCUCCUAGAGACUGUGGCCGCCGUGCCCGGGAUGGUUGGCGGCAUGCUCCUCCACCUGAGGUCCCUCCGGAAAUUCGAGCACAGUGGAGGUUGGAUCAAAGCCCUACUUGAGGAGGCCGAAAACGAGCGAAUGCACCUCAUGACCUUCUUGGAGGUCUCCCAGCCCAAGUGGUACGAACGGGCCCUCGUCUUUGCUGUGCAGGGUGUGUUUUUCAACGCAUAUUUCUUGGCCUAUUUAGCGUCUCCCAAGCUGGCCCACCGGAUAGUGGGCUACCUUGAGGAAGAGGCGGUCAACUCGUACACCGAGUUUUUGGUUGACUUGGAAAAGGGACUCGUCGAGAAUGGGCCGGCGCCAGCUAUUGCGAUCGACUACUGGCGGCUGGCGCCGAAUGCGACGAAAUCUUCUUUUUCCAACUAG